AUGGAAAACCCUACUACAGUGUAUGAAUUUGUUCUUGCUGGAUUCAGCGACUCUUCAAAACUGCAGAUCCCUCUCUUUAUGUUCUUUCUAGUGAUAUAUGUUAUCACCCUGAUUGCAAAUCUUGGAAUGGUACUUUUAAUAAAGAUUGACUCUCAACUCUACUCCCCUAUGUACUUCUUCCUGAGCAAUUUGUCCUUUGUAGACUUCUGCUACUCCACUGUGGUCACUCCCAAGAUGCUGACAGACUUUUUUAUGAAGGGAAAAACUAUUUCUUUAACAGAGUGUGCCGUGCAAAUGUGGUUUUUCAUUUUGUUUUUAGCCGCCGAGUGUUUCCUCUUAGCAGCAAUGGCAUAUGAUCAGUAUAUUGCUAUUUCCAAUCCACUGCUCUAUACAGCAAUUAUGUCACAAAAGGUUUGCUCCCAGCUCGUGGUCCUACCCUAUCUUGUUGGAUUGUUGAAUGCCACAAUACACAUAUCUUUAUAUUUUCAAUUAACCUUUUGUAACAACAACAUAAUCAAACAUUUUUGUGACAUUCCUGCAGUCAUAUCACUCUCCUGUUCAGAUACACAAGUCCACAAGAGGUUACUUUUUGGUCUCUCUUGCGCCUUUGGCAUUGUGAACAUUGCUAUUAUCAUUGUCUCCUUCAUCUAUAUUCUCAUUGCCAUUCUCAGAAUCCACUCCAGUGCAGGUAGGCACAAAGCUUUCUCUACCUGCUCAACCCACCUCACGGUUGACUUCUUUUAUGGAACUCUCUUUUUUACAUAUGUGCGCCCCAGCUCAUCAGCACCGGAGGACAAGAUGGUCUCCAUGCUCUAUACAGUGAUAAUCCCCAUGCUCAAUCCCUUGAUAUACAGCCUGAGGAACAAAGAAGUGAAAGACGCAUUAUUGAAGCUAUUGAAGCUACGAUGUCAAAGAAACAAAAAUGUGUGUUUGAUUGAGAAACUUCAGGCUAGGAAUGAUGACAAGUUUAUUCCCAUCUCAGUGAAGAAACUUUUGCCAUUUCUUGAAGAAGAAGGUUCCUGCACGAAGGAAGAAUUUCUCACCAUAUCAAGCAAUUUCUACACUACUGCUAUUGAAUAUCUAACUUACUGGAGCUCCCACUCUGAAGAUAUAAGAAGCAAUGCUGCAGUGGAGAGAGUGUUUUCUUCCAUGAACAUGAUGUGGACAUCUCAGAGAUCAAGACUCGGUAUUGACACUAUCAAAGCUAUGUUAGCUGUCCUAAGUAACUUUUCCAUGACUUGCCAAGAAUUCGCAACAAAACUGGAGUCAAGAAGAGAUCUUCUCAACAAGGUGCACUCUUUGGAAAAAUACAACUAG